GGGGUGGUCUCCGGCACCGGGGUCACGAUGCCCGAAGCCCGCAACGCGCGCAUGACCCGGGCGGCUCGGAGGCAGAAGACGGUGAGGAAGAAGUCGGUGAGCCUGCGUCUCCUGGCAGCCUACGAGGAUGAUCAUGACGGCAGGGGCUCGGAUGAUGAUGGCGGACUCGGGGACACACAGGCGGAGUGGAGUGACCAGGAGGAGAUCAUGCAGAACAUCCAGAUCCAGAAGGACAUCAUCGCCAACAUCCGCUGCCGGCCCUGGCCAAUGAAGCAAAAGCUAAAAGUGCUCAAGCAAGCCCGUCAGAUCGUGGAGAAGUACGAGGGCCGUUUGACCAAGACGCGUGGGUACCAGGCGGCAGGAGUGGCGCUCUUCCGAAAAUUCCAGCGAUGUCUCUACAACUUCAUCUCGCUCUUCAUUCCCUGGGAGAUGCGCAUCAAGAAGAUCGAGAGUCACUUCGGCUCGGGAGUGGCGUCGUAUUUCAUCUUCCUGCGCUGGCUCUUCGGCAUCAACAUCGUCCUCACCGUCAUGACCGUCGCCUUCCUCGUGCUGCCCGAGCUGCUGGCCGGAGAACCGUUCGGAACCACCAAGAGCAAGCGCAUCCCCUCUGACCAGAUGAACACGGCACAGGAUCUCGACACCAUCUGGUCGCUGGGAGGCUAUCUGCAAUACUCGGUGCUCUUCUAUGGCUACUACGGCAACGACCGCAAGCUGGGCCGCUCCGGGUACCGCCUGCCCCUCGCCUACUUCCUCGUGGGCAUGGCGGUGUUCGCGUACAGCUUCGUGGCGCUGCUGCGCAAGAUGGCGAAGAACUCGAGGCAGAGCCUGAGCAGCGCCUCGGACGAGAACUUCACGUUCUGCUGGAAGGUCUUCUGCGCCUGGGACUACCUCAUUGGCAACCAGGAGACAGCGGAGAGCAAAGUGGCGGCCAUCGCCACCACCAUCCGCGAAUCGAUCCUGGAAGAACAAGAAAAGAAGAAGAGUGAAAACAGGACCCUGCGCGUUUUCCUCCGCAUCCUCGCCAACAUCCUGGUGCUGCUGUGCCUCGCCGGUAGCAUCUACAUCAUCUACUUUGUGGUGGAUCGCUCGCAGAAGCUGGAGCAGAUGAAGGAUGAGCUCACGCUCUGGGAGAAGAACGAGGUGAGCGUUGUCGUGUCUCUCAUCACCAUGCUGGCUCCCUCCGCCUUCGAGAUCAUCGCCACGCUGGAACAAUACCACCCGCGCACCACUCUCCGCUUCCAGCUCGCCAGGGUCUUGGUUCUGUACCUGGGCAAUCUCUACAGCCUCAUCAUUGCCCUCCUGGACAAGGUCAACAUCAUGAGUGCCAUGGUGAACGGCACAGAGAAGAACGCGCCGGACCGGACGGUGCGUCUCGGCGGGGACACUCCCUUCGUCAUCCCCUCCCACAACUCCACCACGAUCGCCCCGGCGCUGACGUCGUCGUCGUCACCAUCAUCACCUGGCACGGCAGUCGAUCUGGGCCAACUCACUAAUUCCACCUUUGACCUCGUCACCACCGCCACGACCGCCGCCACCACCACGGCAGCCGCCACGGUCGCCGCCGCCGCCACCGCCGCCGUAAACCUGACGUCCGCGCUGGUGUCAACCUUCCUUGCCAACCUCACGGCAAUCACGACGUCCUCCUCCUUCUCCUCCUCUUCACCCUCGUGGAACAACACGACGCCCGGACCGCACGAUAGCGUCGUCGAAGGCCUGCGUGGCGGGACGGAGGCGACGGCGCUGAACUUGACGGUGGUGGCGGCGAGGGUGGUGGCGGCGGUGGUGGACUGGGCCAACCGGACGUCCGCCCUGGCGCUGAGCUCCACCGGGAAUAAGCCCGGCUCGAACACGACCACCGAGAUGUCGUACUCGUCCAAGUCGUCGGAAAACCAGUGCUGGGAGACCUACGUUGGGCAGGAGAUGCUCAAGCUGUCGAUCAUCGACAUGAUCUUCACGGUGGCCAGCGUGCUGCUCAUCGACUUCUUCCGGGGCCUCUUCGUUCGCUUCUGCAGUGACUGUUGGUGCUGGGACCUCGAGAGCAAGUUUCCCGAGUACGGAGAGUUUAAGAUCGCAGAGAACGUCCUCCACCUCGUCUACAACCAGGGCAUGAUCUGGAUGGGCGCCUUCUUCUCUCCCAUUCUGCCCACGUUCAAUGUGCUCAAGCUCAUCGGCCUCAUGUACCUGCGCAGCUGGGCCGUGCUCACCUGCAACGUGCCACACCAGCAGGUGUUCCGCGCCUCGCGCUCCAACAACUUCUACUUGGCCAUGCUGCUCUUCAUGCUCUUCCUCUGCAUGCUGCCCACCAUCUUCUCCAUCGUCAGAUACCGCCCGUCGAGUGGAUGCGGCCCCUUCAGCGGCCAGGAAAAGAUCUACGACAUUGUGUCGGACACAAUCAAAACGGAGUUCCCGUCGUGGUUCAACUCGGUGGUGAGCUACGUGACCACGCCCGUGGUGAUCCUGCCCGCUCUUCUGCUGCUCUUCAUGCUGAUUUACUACCUGCAGUCCAUCGCCAGGUCCCUUAAGGUCACGAACAAUGACCUGAGGCUGCAGCUUCAGUACGAGCGUACAGAGGACAAAAAGAAAGUGUUUCAAAUGGCAGCAGCGCGACUACAGGAGGGCGGCGAGCGCUCCUCCCCGACCCACGAGUCCCAGAGCCGCGGCUCGUCCGCCCCGUCCUCGCCGACGCAGGAGAUGCUCUUCAUCCCCUCCGCGGAGUCCACCCCGGACAUGCCGCGCUCGCACGGCCACCCGGCGCCCGUGACGGGGGUCGCGGCGCCGCGGCCCGCGGGCCCCGCCGCCGGAAACGGAGGUGGCGGAGGCGGCGGCGGCGCGUCCGCGGGCGCCCGUCGCGGAGACUCGACGCCCGAGCUGGCGGCGCGCCCUCGCGGGGGGCACGGGCAGGCGCUCGCGAGAACGCCGGCGGGCAGGAGGCGGGCGGUGGUGGGGUUCCGGCGGGAGGACUCGAUAUCGGAGGCGGCGGCCGCGGUGGCGGCGAGCGCCGGUGGCGGCGUGAGGCCGAAAGCCGUUGCCCCGAUGUCGCGGGGAGCGCACCCCGCGAAGGCCAGCCACUCCACGCCCGAGAUGGCGAGAUGUAGGACGAGCGAAGCGCACGCAGUGGAGAGCGUGAGGCCACGGCCACCCAGGUCCCACGCGCACGCGGUUCCGCACCCAGAGCGGCCGCUGGAGGCCAGGAGGCCGCAGGUGGUGACGCGAGAGCCCGGUCGACGCCCCGGAGCCUUCUUCAGGCCACCACCUGCGGGCAUGGAGUGGCUCGGUCCGGGCCCCGCCGGGUACUUGAUGCGCAUGCCGGGCGGCAUGUACGUGUCCGAGCGACACGGUGACCCCUACCUGCAGGAGACCGAGCUCCUGCUGCCCAUCAGCCGCAAGGCACAGAGGAUUCUGGGAUACUACCCGGGCGAGCCAGUGCAGAGGGGAGUCCGGUACGCCUCGCCCAGAACCCGCGUCGUGCCACGCCUGCUGCCCCCGCACCUGGAGGCCAAGUGCUACCGCUCACGCCACGGCCCCCCGCCGGGCGCCGUGCAUGCCGCGUCUCCUCGUGAGAAGCGGCGCCGCUCCACCCGCGACUUCCACGGCGCGGAGGAGCGGCCUCCGUCUCGUGACCACCACCACCAUCACCACCACCACCACCAGCAGCACCAGCAGCAGCAGCAGCAGCCGCAUUACUACCAGCAGCCAUCACAGCAGCAGCAGCAGCAGCAGCACAGGCACCGUCGCCGCAUGGAAAGCAUGCGCGCCGCACGCUUCUACAUCGGCGAGGGAAACCGCUCGCGCUACUCGGACGAGGAGGAGGAGUACGAGGACGAGGGGAACCCCCGAGCGGGGAUGUCGCGCGUGCAGACGCGGGUCUUCACGGCGGAGACGCACCGCGCUCCCGAGGGCGAUCUCCUCCUGCCGGACCCCGAUGACCUCCGCUGGCCCUCGCCACCACCGCCACCGGCAUCCCCGCCACAUCCGCUGCCUCCGCCGCCAGCGCAACCGCAGCAACAACCGCUGCAGCAGCAGCAGGGGCCACCACAGCAGCACCAGCAGCAGCAGCAGCAGGCGGAAUCGGGACGCCGGUCUCACACCUCGGCGUCGAGCCGCGAGUCUUCACGGGGGCAGCGCCAGGGCGGGGACGCUAGGUCGCUGCCACCGCCGACGGCCCCGGCCGCGCUUACCGCCGCUCACCCGUCCGAGUCGGACAUGUCCAACGCAUCGAGCAGCGACCAGCAGCACAGCGGGGGCACGGACCAGUACCUGCACAUCCACCCGCACCCAGAGCGGCGGUCGCACGCGGCCGCGCAUGCCUCCGACGCCGCGAAGAGGGCGCGGCCGAGGGUCAGCGGCGGCGGGGAGGAGGAGGCCGAGCGGGCCUCCGUGAAGACGUCCAGCGGCGGACGCUCCGACAAGAGCCAGAGGAGGGCCGGGCCAAGUGUGGAGGAGACUGCGGGAGCGGGGAAGAAAGCGACGGACUUGGUCUGCUCGAACGUGUGAGCGGUGGAGAGAUGCUGCGAUGCCGAUCUUGCUUGUAUGAAUGUUGAACUUCUUUCGUACCAUAUGUAGCCAACCAAUCGGAGGUGCGGGGGAAGGACAACAAACUAAACAAAAAAAGCAGUUCUAAAGAAAUUAGUUUUCAAUCUAGCUUUUAUAAAAGACCUCCGCACACAAUAUCGAAAGUGGGAUUUGUUUGACCAUGCUUCACUAUGUUAGUCAGUGCAGGUUGGUGAAGGCGGGCGCCCAGAACUGGUUCCGAUUUCACUCGCCGCUGAUGUUAGCCAUGAUAAAAUGAAUGGGUGCACGAUCAAUAUUAAUCUAAAAGACAAAACUGCCGCAAAGUGCACGUGGAAAUACAUCACGAUAUAUUAAAACCACCACUACCACCGGUAAUUGGGCAUUAGUUAUUUAAUAUGCCAAUGCAUUCCAGAAAAUGUAUUUUCGAUACUUUUUAGAAAUGGUGAAUGAUUAACAUGAUUUGUUCAAAAUAGUGUAAGUUUGGAGAAUGUGCACGUAAAUAUAGCAAUAGCAAUGUUUGGAGCCCAUACUGGAUCAUCGCUCAACCACCAUACGUUUUGCUAAACUUUAUGCAACUGCCAAAGUUGUGACCCAACGCGUCUGUCUACCGUAUGUCCCGUCACGACCGAUUUCUGAAUAAAGCAAUCCUUGCACUGUUC